CUUUGGAACAAUCAAUAUGACCUCCCGUCCGGAGGGCGAAGAUACGAUCCGUCUCAUGCCAUUCGUCGCUCUUUACGUUGCAAUCUGCUGUGUGCGUCCAGCUGCAAAGAAGAUCAUCUUCACGGGCCUGACUCCACGAGUAUACUGGUACCUCACCAACGUCUGGGCAAUGUAUCAGGGCCGACUGGACGCAGGACAAUCACACCCGCUGGGACGCCAUGACCUGUAUCUCCUCAGUAUGGGGGACGAGGCUGAUAUAUUCACCUCUCUUGUAUAUCUCUGGUGCCACGGCAGCAUUGUCAAGCGACGUGUCGUUCCGACUCCGGAACAUAUGUCGGCCGUGUCGCCUGCAUCGCAGACCAGCGUUGUGGAUAACCGGGCUGGCAUCUGGCAUGGCUUGCUUGGAUCGAGGACAAUCUUCCCAGACAGUGCAAGCGUCCUAGACCGGCUGAGACCAGGUGGAUGGGCAUGGGAGGAAAUCACCGACGAAGUCGCGCGUUCCCACGAGUGGGAAUUCAAGUGUUCUGAUAUGGAUGUUUAGGAACGACCACCUUGCCCCCAACGAGGGGCUGAGCCUUGCGCUAUCAUAUACGCUUAUCACAAAAGUUCCCUUCCUCCCCCCAAUAUCAA